GAUCCGUGCUUAGGCUUGCGUUCUGCGCAUUUGCUUUUCGUUAUACUCAUCUUCUCUUCUUUGCUUUGCAAAAGAGCUUCAUGUUGUUGUCGCGGCGAGAAUGUUUGAUUCUGACUCGAGCUCUUUUGCCUUUUGUCCUGCAGGUUGAAGAUCACAUUUCCGACAAAGAGGAAACCUCUUCAUCGUCCCAGGAUCGAAACAAGGGAAAGAGUGACAAGGGCCAAAAGCCGCCUUCAUCGCAGACAAGGCCAAAACCGAAGGAGAAGGGAAAGAAGAGGCCGCAGACCCAGCGUGGAUCUUCCGCGAGAAAGUCUGAGCAAGACUCUGGAAGAGUUGCAGGUGACAGCAAAGAUGAUGCGGAGGACGACGAGGGCUCGACGAAAUUCAAACAAGAAGUCCGCGAUCUAUCUCCUAUGAAGCGGAAGUCGAUGCAGAAUGCAGGUGUGGGCUUGACUGGUGAUCGAAAAGCUGCGGCUUUUGAGAGCACGAUUCAGAGGCACCUGGAGUCAAAGGCAAAGGGGAAGAGUGGGACAGGGUAGAUGGACUUCUCCAUUCGGCAUGCCAUGGCGUGGCCAAGAUGCUGCAACAUGGCAGCUGGUGUUGUACGACGUGUACUAUCGAACAUUAUCACACAUCGGGGGCGUUCUGUUUGAUACUGUUCGUUCUGGGGAUGGGCAUAUUUUGAUCGCUUGCAUCAUAUUAUGGAGGCGUUUCUGGUCGCGCAAAGAUAGCGUGGAUGACCAACAAAAUAGAGCUUCUGGAUAGGAGGAGGCAUGGAUGGAGUCGAAGAUAUUAAGUGUCUUCAACAAUCCGGUGUAGAAAUAUGUAUCAAUUGACAUGGGAAAGCUUCAAAGGAUGGGUCUGGUCUU